GAUCCAGCUCUAACAGUAACAUAUUGGUAAAAGAGAGAUGAGAGAGAGAGAGGUAGAUAAAGAGAAAGAGGGGGCGAGCGUCGAACACGGGGAAGAUGGACAACACAAUGCAGAGAGCAUGCAAGAUCUCGGGGAAGAAGCCGACACAGGGGGAAUGAAUCGAAGAUAGAGGGGAGCGCAACUAGUUUAGAACCAGUUUUAGAGAAGGAAUAACGAAGAGUCAUAUGAAUGGGGCUGGUAUAAAUAAGCCACUUCAUACUUUUUUACAAAUUUUCCAGAUAAAUGGAGUUAUGCAGACAUGUGGAAUACUAUCUUAAAAUAUGGAAGAGUUUAUGACAUAUACAGUCCAAAUAGGAAGAGCAGAAAUGGGGGUAGAUUUGGAUUUGUUAGAUUCUUCAAUGUAAAGGAUAAAAAGAAGCUUGAGAAGCAAUUGGACCAGAUCUGGGUGGGGGAGAAAAAAUUAUGGGUGAACACUCCAAAGUACGAAGAUGAGCAAAGGAUUGACAGAGGAUGGAGAAGCAGUCAAACCAUGGAGCUAGCACUGCAGAUUAGAAGUUAUGCUGAAGUAGUGAGAGGUCAAUAGUAUGGAAAUCACAAAAAGGAGCUAAGAAUCAAGAACAGGGAGACUUAGCUAAAGGAGCAAGGAAAGAACAAAAACAGAAACAGGCAGGGAGAAAGAAAGACUGAUGACAGGAAAAUGUGGCAGGAGAAAAGAGUGGAUAAAAAAUGGGCUAGAUUGGAAUAUAAUGUGAAGAAAGAAGAUAAUGCAUAGCUCGAUCACUGUUAUGUGGGUUUGGCUCAUUUGAUAGAAAUUGUCUGUAAUUUGCAGGAAAAAUUCUACAUGGAGGGCUAUUUCUCAUGCUGAAUUCAUGCUAUGUGGGGAAAGAUGGUGUUGUUAGAUUGUGAAGAGAAAAGGGAAUUAGAGGACUUGGUAGAGAUGACCUUACAGUGGUUGAGACAGUGGUUCAAAUGGGUAUGACCUUGGCCACCAUAUAAGGUUGCUACGGAAAGAUUUGUGUGGAUUAGAUGUCAAGGAACACCAUUAAACGUCUGGGGAAUAGACUUCUUUGAAACCAUGGCCUACUCAUGGGGAAAUUUCAUGUGCUUGGAUGAUAGCACAAGUAAAAGAAAAAGGUUUGACAUUG